AUGGAGAAGAGAGAUGGUUUUGAGUUCUGCUGGUGGCUGGGAUGGCGAAGAAAGAUGUUUUGCGAGUGGAUUAGGCUUCUUUGUGUUGGAUUUGUGCAUGGCCUGAGGGUGGUGGUCAUGGGGGAGAAGAAAUCCAGGGGGGGCAUGGGCUCUGGGUUCUGCCUAUCCGGCGUGUGUGGUGAUGAGGUUUUGAUUCAAACCAUAAGGAAAUCAGCCAGACUCGCCUGUUCAAAAUAG